AUGCUAUCUAUCUAUCUAUCUAUCUAUCUAUCUAUUUUAUUAUCUAUUGGUUUGUUUUUUUUACGGCAUAUCAACCUCAAUGGGUUAAUAAUGCCGACUAUUUUUAUUCUAUUUUUUUAUCUAUCUAUCUAUCUAUCUAUCUAUCUAUCUAUCUAUCUAUCUAUCUAUUGGUUUGUUUUGAUUUUUAUUGCUGGUAAUAUUUUUAUCUAUCUAUCUAUCUAUCUAUCUAUCUAUUGGUUUGUUUUGGUUUGUUUUACGGCAUAUCAACCUCAAUGGGUUAAUAAUGCCGACAAGAUUUUUAUUGCUGGUAAUAUUUUUUUAUUUAUCUAUCAUCUAUCUAUCUAUCUAUCUAUCUAUCUAUCUAUCUAUUGGUUUUUUUUUGUUUUUUUUACGGCAUAUCAACCUCAUUGGGUUUUUAAUGCCGACAAAUUUUUAUUGCUGGUAAUAUUUUUAUCUAACUAUCUAUCUAUCUAUUUAUCUAUCUAUCUAUCUAUCUAUUGGUUUGUUUUGAUUUUUUUUAUUGCUGGUAAUAUUUUUUUAUCUAUUAUUAUUCAUUCAUCUAUCUAUCUAUCUAUCUAUUGGUUUGUUUUGGUUUGUUUUACGGCAUAUCAACCUCAAUGGGCUGUUUCAAGAUUUUUUAUUGCUGGUAAUAUUUUUAUUAUCUAUCUAUCUAUCUAUCAAUCUAUUGGUUUGUUUUUACGGCAUAUCAACCUCAAUGGGUUAUUUAUCUAUCUGGUAAUAUUUUUAUCUAUCUAUCUAUCUAUCUAUCUAUCUAUCUAUCUAUUGAUUUUAUUGCUGGUAAUAUUUUUUUUAUCUAUCUAUCUAUCUAUCUAUCUAUCUAUUAUUAUUAUCUAUCUAUCUAUCUAUCUAUCUAUUGAUUUUUUAUUGCUGGUAAUUUUUUUUUUAUCUAUCUAUCUAUCUAUCUAUCUAUCUAUCUAUCUAUCUAUCUAUUGGUUUGUUUGGUUUGUUUUACGGCAUAUCAACCUCAAUGGGCUGUUUAAUGCCGACAAGAUUUUUAUUGCUGGUAAUAUUUUUUUAUCUAUCUAUCUAUCUAUCUAUCUAUCUAUCUAUCUAUUGAUUUUUAUUGCUGGUAAUAUUUUUUAUCUAUCUAUCUAUAUCUAUCUAUCUAUCUAUCUAUCUAUAUCUAUCUAUCUAUUUUUAUUUUUAUUGCUGGUAAUAUUUUUUUAUCUAUCUAUCUAUCUAUCUAUCUAUCUAUCUAUCUAUCUAUCUAUCUAUUGGUUUGUUUUGAUUUUUAUUGCUGGUAAUAUUUUUUUAUCUAUCUAUCUAUCUAUCUAUCUAUCUAUCUAUCUAUCUAUUGAUUUUAUUGCUGGUAAUAUUUUUUAUCUAUCUAUCUAUCUAUCUAUCUAUCUAUCUAUCUAUCUAUCUAUCUAUUGGUUUGUUUUGAUUUUUAUUGCUGGUAAUAUUUUUUAUCUAUCUAUCUAUCUAUCUAUCUAUCUAUCUAUCUAUCUAUCUAUCUAUCUAUCUAUUGAUUUUUGUUCUGGUAAUAUUUUUUUUUUAUCUAUCUAUCUAUCUAUCUAUCUAUCUAUCUAUUGGUUUGGUUUGGUUUGUUUUACGGCAUAUCAACCUCAAUGGGUUAUUUUAAUGCCGACGAAAUAUUUUAUUGCUGGUAAUAUUUUUUAUCUAUCUAUCUAUCUAUCUAUCUAUCUAUCUAUCUAUCUAUCUAUCUAUUGGUUUGUUUUGAUUUUUAUUGCUGGUAAUAUUUUUUUAUCUAUCUAUCUAUCUAUCUAUCUAUCUAUCUAUCUAUCUAUCUAUAAUCUAUCUAUUGAUUUUUUAUCUGGUUAUAUUUUUUAUCUAUCUAUCUAUCUAUCUAUCUAUCUAUCUAUCUAUCUAUCGAUUUUUAUUGCUGGUAAUAUUUUUUAUCUAUCUGUCUAUCUAUCUAUCUAUCUAUCUAUCUAUCUAUUGCAACGAUUAUAUGGGAACUUUAAAAAACCAUUGCAAGUGAAGGCGUCAUUGAAUCGCCCAGCACAAGCAGGUCAGAUUUCGCAGAGACGCACGAGUGUUCAUUUUCUUUAA